AUGUCGUCCCGUCAGGAGUUCAAACAAGCGCCACAUAAAUUGCUCGUGAUUCCGGGACCCAUUGAAGUGACGGACGAUGUCCUAUGGGCGAACGCGCACCCGUCCAUGUCCCAUGUCUCCGCUGAAUUCAUCCCAGUGUUCGGCGACUGUAUACGGAUGACUAGAGAGGUGCUCUUCAGCAAGGACGCCCAGCCGUUCUUGAUCGCGGGGUCUGGGACAUUGGGUUGGGACCAGGUUGCUGCCAAUCUCGUUGAGGCGGGAGAAAACGCGUUGGUUCUCCAUACAGGAUAUUUCGGAGAUAGCUUCGAAGAGUGUCUGACAACAUAUGGGGCCAACGUCGACCAACUCAAAGCAGAGAUUGGUUCUGCUGUCAGCCUGUCAGAGGUCGAGAAGGCGCUUCAGAGCAAGAAAUACAAGAUCUUGACCUUCACCCACGUGGACACCUCGACUGCCGUACUCUCUGAUGCCAAAUCUAUCGCAGAGGUAGUGCGUAAGGUCUCUCCAGAUACACUGGUGGUUAUGGAUGCCGUCUGCUCCGUUGCUAGCGAAGAAAUACAGAUGGACGCGUGGGGCAUCGAUGUAGUGCUCACGGCCAGUCAAAAGGGUCUUGGAACACCCCCUGGCCUCAGUAUCUUGGCCGCUAGCCAGAAGGCAAUUAAAGCUUUCGAAACGCGCAAGACGCCCGUCAGCUCGUAUUACGCUAGCUGGAAGAAAUGGCUACCAAUAAUGAAGGCUUACGAGUCCGGCGCAGCAGCCUACUUCGCUACUCCACCCGUGAACCUCAUCUACGCGUACCACGCCUCGCUAACAAGUAUCACCAAAUCAUCUCCAUCUCUUCCUGAUCGCUUCAAGAUCCAUAGACAAGUAAGCAACCAGGUCAAAGACGCUGCCGCGGAACUAGGCUUGAAGCAAGUUCCGUUGGAUCCCGCGUACGCUGCGAACGGCAUGACAGCGCUGUAUUACCCUGAUGGUGUCGGUGCCUCCGAUCUAUUGCCGCGACUUGCGAAGAAAGGUGUGGUGGCCGCUGGCGGGCUCCACGCAAACAUCAAGGACAAGUAUUUCCGUUUGGGGCAUAUGGGCGUUACUGCGGUCGAUGCUCAACGACAGGAUGUCUCGACCGUCAUCGAGGCCCUGAAGGAGGCAUUUGCGGAAAUUAGAUCGCAAUAG